ACCCGUCGCCGUCCUUCAUCGCUGCUUUGUGAUCCUCAGUCCGCCGUCUGUCGCGUAGCUCGGCGAACUCCACCAAUUUGCAGAGAGCUCCCUCUUCCAGGGUGAUGAUAACGAUUUCUAUUCCAUGGAGUAUUUGGAGAGCAGCUCCUCAUCGUUGAAACCGAGUCAUGUAUAUAUCAGCUUUAGAGGUGAUGAAGAGACUCGUAAAUUCAUGCAUAGCCUUUUGGCUGCUCUGAAAGCAGAAGGCUUCAGAAUCUUUGGAGAUGAUAAGAAGCUUGAAACGCCGGGCUCCAAUCUUCCACCUCACCUUCUUCAAGCAAUUCGUGAGUCGUGGAUUUGGAUUGUUGUCUUCUCCAAGAACUAUGCUUCUUCAUGUUGGUGUUUAAAGGAACUGUCACAGGUUUUGCGCAUCAUUCUUUCUCAGGAUGAAUCUCAAUUGUCUUGUGCGGACUCAUCAUCAUCAGUUUUUGCGCAUCCAUUGUACGCUGUCGAUGCUGAACGACAAGAAAUGUGCGAAGCAGACAUAGACAAGGUGAACAGAUGGAGGCAAGCUCUGAAACGAGGGUUCCGUGUCUCUGGGCGCUGGAGUGCAUCAGAUAGGGUUAUAGCAGUUUUUUACGAUGUGGAUCCAAAAUCCUUUCCUCAACAUAUUCAACAAGCAUGCACACAAGAUUCAUUUGAGAUAACCCAAUGGGAAGAUAUCGAACAAGUGGCCAGUUCCCCUGGCUGGCAAGUGCGGAAUGACUCAGGGUUACAGGUUAUUCCAAAAACUGUUAAAGAAGUCAAGUCUAAAAUAGAUAAACUAUUUUAUGACUUCUUCGGAUUUGUUGGGAUGCAAUCUCAAGUGGAAGAAGUAGAAAAGCUUUUGGAUUUGAAUGCAGAUGAUGAAGUUCGAGUUGUUGGCAUUUGUGGUAUGAGUGGAUUGGGGAAAUCUUCUAUUGCUACUGUUUUAUAUCUUAAGACCUUUCACCUUUUUGAUGCCUUUUGUUUCCUUCCCAAUCUGAGUGGACGUUUAAAGCAUGGUGACAUAACCCUACAAGAACUUCUGCAUAGACAUUUGAGGACAGAAAAUUCAGAGAUGAAGGAUUUUCUAGACAAAGAGUUCUUACUAGGGGAAAGGCUAAGAAAGCACAAGUUUCUUAUAGUUCUUGAUGGUGUUGAUCUUGUACAACAUCUACAGGAGUUGAACUUAGUUGAAAAAUCCAAUUGUUUUGGCGGGGACAGUAGAAUCAUUAUAACAACUAGAGAUGAACAAGUCCUUCAAAAAUAUGAGGUUAAUACCAUUUAUAGACCUAAACUCUUGUCCAGGGACGAAGGUUUCAAACUAUUUUGUUCUAAAGCUUUUCUAGGGGGAUAUCCGAUUGAUGAUUUCGAAGGGAUGAUAUAUAGGGUGUUGGAAUAUGCUAAUGGCCUUCCAUUAGCAAUUGAAAUAUUGGGUUCAUCCUUUUUUGGAAAAGGCGUUGCAGAAUGGAGAAGUUUCCUGGAUAGGGAAGAAAUUAUUCCUCCCUAUGAGAUCACAAGGGUGCUUAGAAAAAGUUUUGACGAACUCGAUGACAUGAAAAUUCUUUUUCAGAAGUCGGUCAUCACAAUUGCAAAUGAGAGGAUACAAAUGCAUAGUAUGCUGCAAGCAAUGGGGCGAGAUAUUAUUCGACAGCAAUAUCCGUAUCAACAAAGCCGAUUAUACCUUUAUAGUGACAUUAAAUCUGUUAUGGAGAAGAAAAGAAACAUGGUGAUGGAAAAUGUUGAAGCUCAGCCAGAUGAUAGUGAAUCUGAUAUGGGGAGAGAGAGAGAGACAUGGGUGAUGGAAAAUGAUGAAGCUCAGCCAGAUGACAGCGAAUCUGACAUUGAGAGAGAGAGAUACACAUGGCUGAUGGAAAAUGUUGAAGCUCAGCCAGAUGACAGUGAAUCUGAUAUUGAGAGAGAGAGAUACACAUGGAUGCGUUUAUACUCCCAGGGGAUGGAAAAUGUUGAAGCUCAGCCAGAUGACAGCGAAUCUGAUAUUGAGACAGAGAGACACGCAUGGAUGCGUUUAUACUCCCUGGGGAUGGAAAAUGUUGAAGCUCAGCCAGAUGACAAGGAAUCUGAUAUUGAGAGAGAGAGACACGCAUGGGUGAUGGAAAAAGUUGAAGCUCAGCCAGAUGACAGCGAAUCUGAUAUUGAGAGAGAGAGAUACCCGUGGGUGACGGAAAAUGUUGAAGCUUGGUCAAAUGACAGCGAAUCUGAUAUUAAGAGAGAGAGAUACGAACGGGUGAUGAAAGUUGAGGCUCUGCCAGUUCACGUCAACGCUGUUUUUGAGAGAUAUAGAUACACAUGGAUGGUGGAAAAAGUUGAAGCUAUAGCCUUGGAUUUGGAAGAGCCAAAAAUGGCCUCAUUGAGGGUUGAUGCUUUAUCAGAUAUGAUCAACCUCAGAUUGCUGAUAUUCCAUAACGUGGAAUUUUCUGGAACCCUUAGUAAUCUUUCAAGCAAGUUGCGAUAUGUUUCGUGGCAUCAAUAUCCUUUCACUUCUUUGCCAUCGGGUUUUCAAUCUGACACACUUGUUCAACUGAUUAUGGCUGAAAGCAACAUGACAGAAGUGUGGAAGGGCAGAAUGAUGCUCCCUACUUUGAGAAAACUGAAUCUAAGUGGCUCCAAAGCUUUGACAAAGACGCCAGAUUUUGGUGGGGUUCCAAAUCUUGAGAAGCUAGAGCUCGAAGGAUGUACUGGAUUGUUGCAACUUGAUCCAUCUGUUGCUCAACUUCCAAAGCUCAGAUUCUUGAACUUGAAAGGUUGCAUCAAUCUUGUCAGUAUCCCUAAUUCCAUGUUUUGUCUGAACUCGUUGGAAGUCCUAAAUCUAGCUGGCUGCUCUAAACUUGCAUGUUGCUUGAAGUUUUCUCCAAUGAGGAGUUUGAUACAAGUGAAACUGCUUAGCAUCUGGGACAGUCCAUUCUUGGAAAAAAUUUUGUACUUUCUUCUGUUGGUUUUGCCAGAACAAAAGAGAUAUCAUGACUUCGUUUCUUCUUGUCUUAUUUACUUGAUGUGUAUUUGUGAGGUCAAAUAUUCUGGCAAACGAGGAAACAACAUGGGUUUGCCUCUUAUUACUUGUUUUGUUUUUAAUUCUGCUGCCUAUCGUGUAGCUCGGGUAAUUAACUCUGUCAAUUUGCAGAGAAUCAGAGACUUCAGAGUUCAAUCUUCAAUUUCCCUCUUUGUGUGGCUUCUCCCAGGGACUGAAGCAGCAAGUUUGAUGGCCUUCGUUUUGCAGUCUCGUAGCCGUUCAUCAGUAGUAUUCGCAAAGCAUUACCUCGUCGCCGUCUUCGAUGCUGCUAAAUGCUGUAAACAGUAA